UUUCUGAAUUCCAGAUUUUUUUGUUUGGGAUGUGAUUGAAGACCUCCCGUUUGUGAGUAUGCCACUGAAAAGACAGUUGGCUGAUGUUCACCUUCUUCACUGGAAGUGCAGCCGGAAUCAACUUCUCAAUAUACCCCUAAAUAGCACCAGAGCACUAUAUCUUGGUGCAGCUUCACGUUGAAAGGCUGGAAAUAAUUAGGAAAUAAUCUUUGAAUUCAGAACAUCACAACAGACAGGAUAACAGGAGGUGACUCAAGGAGUAGAUGAGAUUCAGUUGACUACCAUGGCAUCUGCAAGAUCUGCAGCCCUGACUGUUGACAUCAGUGAAAGGAACCCACAAAAUGAUUAUGAACUCAUUCAACGUGUGGGUUGUGGAACUUAUGGAGAUGUCUACAAGGCAAAACACAUUGCCUCAGGUGACUUUGCUGCUAUCAAGAUUAUGAAGCUUGAUCAAGGAGAAGAUUUCUCUGCAAUGCAAAUGGAAAUCAAGAUGAUGAAGGAAUGUAGACAUCCCAACAUUGUAGCAUACUAUGGAAGUUACUUGAGGAAAGGGAAGCUAUGGAUUUGCAUGGAAUAUUGUGGUGGUGGUUCUCUUCAAGACAUCUACCAUGUUACUGGACCAUUGACAGAGCCCCAGAUUGCUUUCAUAUGUCGUGAGACCCUGAAAGGUUUGGAGUAUCUGCACAGUAAAGGGAAGAUCCAUCGGGACAUUAAGGGGGCCAAUAUCCUUCUGACAGAGACUGGUGAUGUUAAGUUGGCUGAUUUUGGUGUAUCUGCUCAAAUAACUGCAACACUUAGCAAAAGGAAGUCCUUCAUUGGCACUCCAUAUUGGAUGGCACCAGAGGUGGCUGCAGUGGAGCAGAAAGGAGGCUACAAUCAACAAUGUGAUAUUUGGGCAUUGGGUAUUACUGCCAUUGAACUAGCUGAACUUCAGCCUCCUAUGUUUGAUCUCCAUCCAAUGAGGGCUUUGGUCCUUAUGGCUAAGUCCAGUUUCAAGCCUCCAACUUUGAAGGACAAGAACAGAUGGUCUCCUGAGUUUCAGAACUUCAUCAAGGUGGCUUUGACAAAGAACCCUAAGAAGAGACCUACAGCUUCUUUGAUCCUCACACAUGCAUUUCUUCAGGGUAGUCAUUUGAAUAAGAACAGAAGCAUGGAACUCCUCCAAAUGGUGAACUCUCCCCAGCAGCUAUCAGACUUGGAGCCUGACCCUGAUGAAGAAACUGUUGUUGCCAGUGUCCCACAUCGAAUCACUUCCAAGCGUUCAGCGCGGGACAAAGAGAGGACAAGAUCAGAACUGAGAAUGGGAAGCUUGAAUUUUGAGCCACCAUUGGUGACUGAGUUGUCUGCAGAGCCACCACCAGCCCGAUAUCCCAAUGCUUGGGGGAUUGGUGCCUCUCAAGAUACAAGUGCCCCACCCAACAAUUGCAAGGAAAAUCAAGAUGAAGAAGAAGAAGGAUUUGACAUUGCUACUUCAUGGAUGGAGAGUGAUGGAAAUAAGGAGGAAGUCCACAAGGGUCUUCAGAAGAAACUAAUGGAGUAUGAUGAUGAGACUUUUGGCAACACUGCAACACUUCCAGUGGGUGAAGACAUGAAUGGAACUCAAAGCUCUUCACCUAGCCCCAAGGGGCCUCCUAAACGAAGUAACAGCAUUGGGGGUGAUGAUUCGCCUUCUCAUGCAUCUCCCAUCACACAAGGGCUUGAUGUAUUACAUCUUGAUCAACGAGCUCUUUCUGAUUCUGAAAAUGAUACAAGGAGGAAACCAACACCUCCACCUCGAGAAAAAAGAGAGCGCCGGCGCCCAACACCUCCUCGAGUGACAGCAAGCAAUGGACUUCCCCCAACGCCAAAGGUCCACAUGGGAGCAGGCUUUACCAAAGUCUUCAAUGGAUGCCCUUUGAGAUUUCAUUGCUCCUGCAGCUGGGUUCACCCUACCACUCGCAAUCAACAUAUCUUGUUUGGGGCUGAAGAGGGGAUCUACACGCUCAAUCUGCAGGAACUCCAUGAAGGAUCCAUGGAUCUCAUUUAUCCUAGGAAGACAACAUGGCUGUUUGUUAUCAAAGAUGUCCUCAUGAGCAUUUCAGGGAAAACUCCUCACCUGUACAGCCAUGACCUCAUUGCUCUUCACAAUCGUCACUCACAAAAGUUCACUUUGACACUGCACAUAAAUCGUAUCCCAGAGCGAUUUGUCCCAAAGCGAUUUGCACCCACACUCAAAGUCCCUGAGACAAAAAAUGUCUAUAAAUGCUGUGUGAGCAGAAACCCAUACAAUGGCUACACAUACCUUUGUGGUGCCAUUCCAAAUGGAAUUUUCCUCAUGCAGUGGUAUGAUCCUCUGCACAAGUUCAUGCUUCUCAAGACUAUAGAAUGCUUCCUGCCAGUCCGUUUAAAGGCAUUUGAGAUGAUCAUUACUCCUGACUUGGAAUAUCCCAUGGUUUGUGUGGAUGCCCGAAAAAGUGGAGAACCAGAUCGUUUAAAGCUUGACUUAGUCAAUCUGAAUUCCACAUCAUCUUGGGUGACUUCGAGUGAACUUGAUGAUUUGGAUGGAGCAGAGACUGUGAUUCCUCGUGUAGAAGGGCUGCACCUGAAGAAUGUGACCCAGCUGGACAGGGACACAAUUCUCGUGUGCUAUGAUAACCUGGUGCAAGUGGUUGACAUGGAAGGACAGCUGAAGACCCGGACUGGUGGACCAACUGAACUGGCAUUUGAUUUCCAUAUUGAUAACAUUGUGUGUCUGACAGACAGCAUUCUUGCCUUCCAUAAGCAUGGCAUGCAAGGGCGCAACAUCAAAACCUUUGAAAUUACCCAGGAAAUCACAGAUCCAUCACACAUUUUCCGACUACUUGGACAUGAGAGAAGUGUGGUGGUGGAGAGUCGUGCAAUUCCACAGCUAGACCCAACAUUAACUGGACAGACACCCAGUGAAGAUGGUGUGAACCUGUACAUAUUGUUGGGACAUGAGAACACCCUCUGAAAUGUACCGGUUAUCACUUGUCUUCUGCUUUCUCCAUUUCUAUGCUGUGAUUCACUCGUCUUUCUUCUCCUUCCUGAGUCCAUACCUGAAGGGACCAGCAAGACUUUGACCCUGUCUGAGCAAGAUCUGGUUCUUUUCCCAAGCUUCUAUGCCUGAACAAGAAUCCUUUGAUGCUGUGUAUGCAGUACAAACUCCCCUGCUGAAUAGCCACAUUUGAUAGUUGCCACAUAUUACCCAAAAGAAAAAAAGAGUAGAAUUUUCAAGUGAUCAUCUGUUAUUCAUUGAGGGAUUUUCUCAAGUAAAUCAGCAUCCUCAUGUCAUUAGUUUUACAGAGGCAUUAAUCUAGAAAUAAGUCAUAAGUCUGACAAUUAGAAAACUAUACUGUAAGUUGCAAACAAUUUGCCUGUAUCAUUUGUCAGAGUCAAUCAUUUGUUAAUUAUCAAGGGUUUGCUCAAUCAUGGUAUGUGCCAUUCAUCCAGGUGUAGGCAUUUUUUGUUCCAGGGAUGUAGUCUACUUCUGCCUAACACCCAAAGGUAUGGUAGCCUAAGAAUUUGGCUUGAAAUUGAUUGGGGAUGGUGGCCAUAGAGGACAUACGAAUCUUGCUGUUGCUCAUAUAAUGCAUACCACUUUGCCAGCCAGUGAUUUCAAUUGCUUGAUACAUAGCAUAUUGUCUCUGCAGAAAUGCUGAAGACAUACAGAGCUUUCAGAAUGUCAAGCACCAGCCCUUCAUUCCCUGUUCUUUGGAACCACUGUCUACGUAAGGACUUUUAGUAUAUUGUCUAUACCCAUUCACAAACUUUCAUUACAAGAUCUGCUACUAUAUUGGGCUUUUCAAAUGGUGCAGUUUUCUGAAAGCCCUGUACAAGAGUUCUACAAGAUAACAUCCAGACCAUUCCAGCCUAGUCAUUACCUUCAUCCAUUCUCCAUUUUCUGAGGUGCUUUUCUUGUUCCUUCAAUCACCUCCUAACUUUAUUCUUUUUUUGUUUAUAUCAGUUUCUGUGCGUUGCACAUGAUUCUUGUCAUGCCCCUUCUUUUCACCAAUUGAGAAAUAUUUUUAUGCCCUAUCAAUCAUGGAG